AUGGCCAUAAAUACAACUGUUAUGUCUGGCUUUGAAUUACUUAAGAAACUUCAACAAUGGUCAAAAGUCAAUAUGAAACAAGAGAUAUUAUUAUGCACAAUAGAUAUUGCUGAUCUUUAUAGAAUGAUUCCACAAGUCGAAGGAGUAUUAGCGUUAAAAAAGAUGUUAGAUCAUCUAAAUUUAAAACAAAUCAAUGGUCUAAAAACCGAAGUUAUUAUACGUUUAGCUAGAUUUGUAAUGCAAAAUAAUUAUUUUAUAUAUGAAGGCCAAUAUUACCAUCAAAUUCGAGGUGGAGCCAUGGGUUCUCGACUAACACUGACCAUUGCUAACUGUUAUAUGUUUUUUUAUGAGCAAAAUAUUGUUAAACAAAUUAAUAAUAGUGGUGGUUUAUAUUUACGUUAUAUUGAUGAUUUAUUUAUUAUUAUGAUUAAUUGGCCUAUUCGACAUUUUAUAAAACAAGUUGAUCGCUGGAAAAAAUUUGAUGAAAAUAUUAAGUUAUCAGCUAACAUUAGUUUACGAGCUGACUUUUUAGAUUUACAUAUGGAAAAUCAAGAUGGACAACUAGUUACAACGGUUUAUCACAAGCCAUCCUAUGAACCAUAUUAUUUGCCAUUCAAUAGCAUUCAUUCUAUACAUAUGAAAAAGAACAUACCAUUUACAAUGCUACUCCAUGCAAUUAGAUAUUGUUCAACAUUUCAAGCUUAUUUGGAUGAACGUGAGAAAUUACGAAUGGAUCUAUUAUUAAAUAAAUAUCCUAUCAAAUUUAUCGAUCAACAAUUUAAUCAUGUAUUACAAAAAUUUAGUAUUGGUCAACCAUUAACUAGAAAUAAUUAUAAUAAAUUACGUCAAGAAAUUAUAAAUGCUCCAUUU